CGUAGCUUUCCUUUGUGCCUGACGUUGUAAAUAACGGACGGAACGGCAGGGUCCCGGACCUUCUGGGCCUCUCGGGUUUUCGGGACACAUCGAAGCACUUCGUCGGAGGAAGGGUGAGGACGUCUCCACUCUCAGAGACAAACUUUCACUCUCUCCGAGCCGACAAAGAUAAACUUGAACCCUGCUCCGACUCUAAUCACGUGCCUCCAUGACCCGAAGAAGCUAGCUCAUCGACCUUGACUGUAAAGUGAGUUUGUUGCUGUGCUUGAAUGGCGUGGCCCGAAAAAGCUGUUGGUAAUGGGGGAGAGAGGGACACAAUACGAGAUAAUGAUUUCUUGAACGGAUCACAACUGUCUCCCAGUAAUAGUGACUCUCCUGUAGAUGCUGCUUCGGUGCACAAGAGGUUUGAAGGGAAAGAUGCCAUUUCUUAUGCUAACAUUCUUCGAUCAAGGAACAAGUUCGUUGAGGCUCUUGCUCUUUACGAUGGUGUGUUAGAGAAAGACAGCAGCAAUGUGGAAGCACACAUUGGCAAAGGGAUAUGCCUCCAAAUGCAGAACAUGCCAAAGCUUGCGUUUAUCAGUUUUACUGAGGCAAUCAAAUUGGACCCACAGAAUGCUUGCGCCCUCACAUACUGUGGUAUUGUGUACAAAGAUGAGGGUUGCCUGGCAGAGGCUGCUGAGUCAUAUCAGAAGGCUUUGAGAGCGGACCCCUCAUACAAACUCGCUGCAGAAUGCCUAGCCAUUGUAUUAACAGAUCUUGGAACCAGCUUAAAGCUUGUUGGAAGUGUUCAAGAGGGGAUUCAGAAGUACUAUGAAGCUCUCAAAAUAGAUCCGCACUAUGCGCCUGCAUAUUAUAAUCUUGGAGUUGUCUAUUCUGAGAUGAUGCAAUUUGAUGUGGCCCUUAAUUGCUAUGAGAAGGCUGCAUUAGAGAGGCCCAUGUAUGCUGAAGCAUAUUGUAACAUGGGUGUCAUCUACAAAAAUCGUGGUGAAUUAGAGUCGGCUAUUGCUUGUUAUGAGAGGUGUCUAGCUGUUUCACCAAACUUUGAGAUUGCAAAGAACAAUAUGGCAAUAGCCCUGACAGAUUUAGGAACGAAGGUUAAAUUGGAGGGAGACAUUAAUCAAGGUGUGGCAUAUUACAAGAAGGCCUUGUAUUAUAAUUGGCACUAUGCUGAUGCUAUGUAUAAUCUAGGGGUUGCUUAUGGGGAAAUGCUUAAGUUUGAUAUGGCUAUUGUCUUCUAUGAACUUGCUUUCCAUUUCAAUCCUCAAUGUGCGGAGGCAUGCAACAAUCUAGGAGUAAUAUACAAAGAUCGAGACAACCUUGAUAAAGCUGUGGAGUGCUAUCAGUUGGCUCUAUCGAUCAAACCAAACUUUUCACAAUCUUUGAACAAUAUUGGUGUGGUUUAUACUGUCCAGGGUAAAAUGGAUAUUGCAGCAAGCUUGAUUGAGAAAGCCAUCAUCGCAAAUCCCACAUAUGCAGAGGCAUAUAAUAAUUUAGGGGUUCUUUACAGAGAUGCUGGCAAUAUAUCUCUCGCUAUUGAUGCAUAUGAGCAAUGCCUUAAGAUAGAUCCCGACUCUCGAAAUGCAGGCCAGAAUCGAUUGCUUGCUAUGAAUUACAUAAAUGAAGGACAUGAUGAUAAACUUUUUGAGGCUCACAGGGACUGGGGUAAACGCUUUAUGCGGUUAUAUUCACAGUACACAUCGUGGGAGAAUCUGAAGGAUCCGGAAAGGCCGCUUGUGAUUGGAUAUGUGUCUCCCGAUUUUUUUACUCAUUCUGUGUCAUAUUUUAUAGAAGCCCCCCUUGUCCAUCAUGACAAUGAAAAUUUCAAGUUGGUUGUUUAUUCAGCAGUUGUGAAGGCAGAUGCAAAAACUAUUAAGUUUAAGGAGAAAGUCAUAAAAAAGGGUGGGAUAUGGAGAGAUGUAUAUGGGAUUGAUGAAAAGAAGGUGGCAAGCAUGGUUAGAGAAGAUAAAGUUGACAUCUUGGUAGAACUUACUGGUCAUACGGCUAACAAUAAAUUGGGAAUGAUGGCUUGUCGACCUGCACCUGUUCAGGUGACUUGGAUUGGCUACCCAAAUACAACUGGUUUGCCUACAAUCGAUUACAGAAUUACUGAUUCAUUGGUAGACCCUCCUGAUACAGAGCAGAAGCAUGUUGAGGAGUUAGUUCGAUUACCAGAAUGCUUCCUUUGUUAUACGCCUUCCCCCGAGGCUGGGCCGGUGCCCACAACUCCUGCUCUUUCCAGUGGAUUUAUUACAUUUGGUAGCUUCAAUAAUCUAGCUAAGAUUACACCUAAGGUGUUGCAAGUUUGGGCAAGGAUUCUAUGUUCUGUUCCAAAUUCUCGCCUUGUGGUAAAAUGUAAGCCUUUUUGUUGUGAUAGUGUAAGAAAGAGAUUUCUUCUAACACUGGAGCAACUGGGAUUAGAACCUCUACGUGUUGAUCUUCUGCCACUGAUUCUUCUUAACCAUGAUCACAUGCAAGCAUAUUCUCUGAUGGACAUCAGUUUGGAUACUUUUCCCUAUGCUGGAACGACUACAACAUGCGAAUCUUUAUACAUGGGUGUCCCUUGUAUCACUAUGGCUGGUUCGGUGCAUGCUCACAAUGUUGGCGUGAGUCUUCUCGGCAAAGUUGGUUUGGGACAUCUCAUUGCCAAAAAUGAAGAUGAAUAUGUCCAAUUGGCACUGCAGUUGGCAUCUGACAUAACAGCACUCUCAAAUUUGAGGAUGUCUCUCCGUGGCCUUAUGUCCAAGUCUCCUGUAUGUGAUGGAACAAACUUUACCCUUGGUCUUGAAUCAGCAUACCGAAACAUGUGGCACAGGUACUGCAAAGGUGACGUGCCAUCUUUAAGGCACAUGAAAAUGCUAGAACAGCCAGUGGCUACUGAAGAAUCAUCUAUUAAAAUUUCAGAACCAACAAAGAAUACAAAUUCAAGAGAAAGCCCUCCUGGACGUGUCAAGAUCAAUGGCUUUACUCAUCCUCCACCAUCCCCGCUGAAUGUGCCCACUUCUGAAGAAAACGGUGGUCAGUCGAUGCAAAACAUCAAAUCAGGGUUGAACUCCUGUGGUGUAUAAUUUUAGUUGGCUGCUGCUGAAAUUGAGGCUGGUGGUAACUGUUGCGGCAACCCAGGGGCAAUCCUUGCAUAGGAUGACAUUUUUUAGAGAAAGAAUUCUGGCAAUAGCCCUUAUUUUUUACUUUUAUUUUCUCCUGUGCAAGAAAUAGAUAUAGAGAAAGGAAAGAGGUGAAGAUGCUAUUAGCUUCUACUCUUAUCUAGCUUAAUGACAUUUUUUAACCUGAACUAUAGGGAACUAAUGUAGUGGCUUGUAUACCGUGAAGAAAGUUUUUGUUUUUGUUUUAUGCAUGGCACGCUUAUCUGAUUCCGAA